AUGUUUAAGGUCUACAACCCUUACCUAAUGGCUCUCAUUGCCACGGUAGGUGGUAUGCUAUUUGGUUUUGAUAUUUCCUCUGUCUCUGCUUUUGUUGGCCAGGAAGAGUACCGACGUUACUUUGGGUAUCCCAACAGUGUGACUCAAGGUGGUAUCACAGCCUCAAUGGCCGGAGGCUCUUUCCUCGGUUCCUUAUUUGUUGGUCCUGUCUCAGACCGUCUGGGUCGCCGGCUGGUGAUCCGAAUGUCUUCUUGUAUAUGGAUGAUCGGCGCCGCAAUUCAGUGUUCGUCUCAAAACAAAGGCCAGCUAAUUGCUGGACGUACUAUUGCCGGGGUUGGUAUUGGGUUUGCCUCUUCCCAGAUUCCUGUUUAUGUUGCUGAACUUUCUCCUAAAAACAUUCGUGGAAGACUAGUGGGAUGCUUCCAAUGGUCUGUCACAUGGGGUAUUAUGAUUAUGUUCUACAUUGGCUAUGGUUGCUCGUUCAUCAAAGGUCCUGCUUCAUUUAGAACUGCGUGGGGUAUUCAAAUGGUCCCUGGGUUUAUACUUCUUCUUGGAACGUAUGUUUUGCCCGAAUCACCCCGUUGGCUUGCAUCAAAGGAUAGAUGGGAAGAGGCAAUCGAUAUUAUCGCACAUGUUCAAGCAAAGGGAAAUGACCAGAGUCCAGUAGUUCAAACUGAAAUUGAAGAUAUCCGCGAAGAAAUUGAAAUUCAACGCCAGUACAGCCAUUUAACUGUUUUUGAUUUGUUUCGCAAAGGAAACUUGAACCGCACCAUGGUGGGCAUUUCUGCACAAGUUUGGCAACAAAUGACAGGUAUCAACGUCAUGAUGUAUUAUAUUGUUAUUUUGUUUGAGAUGGCCGGCUACAGCGGAAAUGCUAAUCUUGUCUCAUCUUCGAUUCAAUAUAUUAUCAACGUGGUUAUGACAGUGCCCGCUCUUUUGUUCAUUGACACCUGGGGCCGCCGACCUUUGCUCAUUGCUGGAAGUAUUCUAAUGAUGGGCUGGUUGUUUGCCGUUGCAGGGUUAAUGUCAGUAUACGGCACGCCUAUUAAUAAUUAUGAUGGUAAUGACUUGAUUCGACUUGUCGUCAACGAUGGCUCUGCCUCAAAAGGUAUCAUUGCGUGUUCGUAUCUCUUUGUCGCUACCUUUGCGCCUACCUGGGGUCCAGGAAUUUGGAUCUAUGUCUCGGAAAUUUUUCCUACGUCUCAACGCGCUCUUGGAAAUGGUGUCUGUGCUUCUGCAAACUGGAUUUUUAAUUUUGCACUUGCCAUGUUUGUUCCUUCAGCUUUUAAGAACAUCACUUGGAAAACAUACAUUAUUUUUGGUGUAAUGUGUAUCUGCAUGUCGAUCCACGUCUUUUUAAUGUUCCCAGAAACAAAGGGCAAGACACUCGAAGAAAUUAACUUAAUGUGGGAAUCAAAUGUUCCAGCAUGGCAGUCCCACAAGUGGCAGCCUCCCGUUCAUGCAAACAAUUUUUUGAGUGAGUCAGAGGAAAAGGAAGUUACAAGCCAUCAAGAAACCUCAGCACCAUCACCGAUUGUAACAAACGAACCUACUGCUUAG